CACUUUUUCUGAUUAAAAUAAUGAACUGAUCAUAACGGUCAUGGCUUGAGUUCCACACCUUUCUUGUGUGAACUUGCUAGCAUAACUUUAUAGGUAGAUCCUCCACAUGAAGUGCGAAACCACCACAAAAAUAGUUUCAUGAAAACUCUUUCUCUAUAUGCUUGCUUAUUUAUUGGGGUCUAAAAUAUUCCCUACCUACUGUUAUAUAAGAGCCAAUUGUGCCACUAUAUUUUUGCGUGUACCAUUAAAAACUACUAGCCCAAUAGCUAGGAACUAGGAAGCUUCUUCCAUUCACCCCAAAAACACAAUGGAAAACAACAUGAAAAGUGAAUUUGAGGACUUGUUGCCAGUGAUGGCUGACAAGCUUGAUGUUGAGGCCUUUGUGGGUGAGUUAUGUAAGGGGUUCAAGCUUUUGGCAGACCCAGAAAGGGGUUUGAUAACAUCCGAGAGUCUAAGGAAGAACUCAGCUCUCCUUGGCAUGGAAGGGAUGAGCAAAGAGGAUGCAGAGGCAAUGGUUAGAGAAGGUGAUCUUGAUGGUGAUGGCGUGCUUAAUGAGAAUGAGUUUUGUAUCCUGAUGGUGAGGCUGAGCCCUGAGAUGAUGGAAGACGCUGAGGCAUGGCUUGAGAAGGCGCUUGACCCAGAGCUAAAGAAGUCUUCAGCUUGAUCAUCAUGUUAUUACUUUUCUUUUUUUUUCUUUUUUUUUGUAGCAGUCAAAUUUAUAUAGACUGUUCCAUCUAUUUUCUGUAAUUUGGCUGAGGGAGACAAUUAUUUAAAUUAUGAUGUUCAAAUUGUUUAGAUUGAUGCGGGCUAUAGUUUUUUUCAUCAAUAGGAGAUGGAAUAUGGAUGGGAGUUA